GCCUUAAGUAGAAGAUUCGAACAGUAUUUCUCGAGUGAUGAGUCAAGAUCGAGGAUUAAAGCAUUUUGGCAUACUUGUAAAGUGACUGGUAAUAAUGAUCUAAUCUCUCGGAUGAGGAAGUUUGGAAAUCAAGCUACUGAUUGAUGAUGGUUAAUCUGAGGUAUCCAGAACCGCACCUACUUAUGCAUAUCAAUUCAACUGUGUGGAAGGUUCAACACCUUGUGAUACCAAGGAACUGCUGUUGAGUUCCAUUACCUAUGGCACUACCGGUAGAUUGAGAUUCACCGGAUUAUUUUUGGUAAAAUCGAGUGGACAUUGAAACUAUGGCCUUUCCACCGCAUUAUCGGAUGAAGCAACUCGGCUCUAAGAACUUCCAAUUCGAAGUUGCAUAAAAACCACAGGGAAUGACUCAAUGGAUUCCCAUCAAAUUUGUCGUAUCUCAGGGGCCUCAAGUUUCCCCACUAGGCUUGAUUACCAAUAGUCGCAAGAUGAAUGUUUGAACUAACCCAUUUUUGAUUAGUCGAAUUAAGGUUUAAACUAACCUCGAGGCACUCCCGCCGCAUCGUCGGACUAAAUAAUCUCGACUUUGUAUAUCUCUAAUUCGAAGUUGUGCAAACGUAUAUAUUUGAAGAUUUUGUAGAAUCCUAUUGAACUUAUUAGAUGUCGGCAACUCGAGCUUCCGUAAUGGCUCUAUUUUGUACAUCGCGUCAGGUUUAUCAGUAUGCCGCUUCUCAGUUAUCGAAACCGGCAUUGCACCAUAUCUGCUUUGUAUACGGAGUGGUCGAAAUGUCCGCGAACGUAUUGAUUAAACUUCGAGCACUUUCGGGCGAAUCGAGCUGAUAUUGACUAACUCAACCAUGAUGCUUCUUGCGUUGUUGGGGUAUAAAUAGCCCAACUCCUGUUUUUGAUUGCUGGCAGCUGAACUAUCUCACUUCGCAUAUCUUUAUAUCAUCCAGAAAAUUCCAAUCAUCAAAAAUCAUUCAUAGCAAAAUGGCCGGAAGCCUUACAAACUGGAAAGCUAUCGGGGAUUCCAAACGCGGUACUCUGCUGUCGCUCAUUCCAGAAGAAUGGCGGAUUGAACUUCCACUUCCGCCUCCAGCAAUACUACCUGACGUUACAGGCCAUAUCCGCCAGUACAUCUCUUCGAAGGAGGUAGAAAGCACGGAGACAGACGCAGUCAAUAUUGUUAGAAAAACUUCUAGCGGAGACUGGACAUGCCGCGCAGUUACCGAAGCGUUCUGCCGUAGGGCAGCGUUGGCUCAUCAGAUGAUCAAUUGUCUUCACGAAAUCAUGUUUGCAUCUGCCCUCCAGCGUGCCUCGGAGCUCGAUGAUUACUUUGCGAAACACAAAGAGCCAAUGGGUCCAUUACAUGGUCUUCCCGUCAGUCUUAAAGAUGCAAUCCACGUGAAAGGUGUAGAUACAAGCUCGGGCUAUAUUGGCUGGCUGGGAAAAUCUCGAGCAGAAAAAGAAAGUCAAAUCAUCACUGAUCUUCGCUCCCUUGGUGCAAUCAUUUACGUAAAGACUAGCGUUCCUCAGGGGUUCUCGUCUAUCGAUACACGUAACAAUAUUAUUGGUUAUUCACCUAAUCCUCUUAAUCGUCAGCUCACGGUGGGAGGAAGUUCGGGCGGUGAAGGAGGUCUAUUAGGUCUGCGAGGAAGUUCUGUCGGACUCGGAACGGAUGUCGGCGGUUCGAUUCGUGUCCCCGCAGGUUGGAAUGGCUGCUACGGGCUUCGUCCAUCAACCGGAAGAUUGCCGUACGAAGGGAUUGCAUCGACGAUAGAUGGGACUUUGCUCCCGUUCGUUGUUGGGCCCAUGGCGACUCGGGUAAGUGGAUUAGAAUUGAUGAUGAGGAGCUUGUUGCAAACUGAGCCAUGGAGGAGGGAUCCCAUGGUCCUUGAACUCCCUUGGAAAGAGGAUAAAUUUCUUGAUAUACGUGAAGGAAUAAGUGGCAAGGAAAAAAUGGCAUUUGGAAUCAUGAUGAGUGAUGGGUAUGUGAACCCACAACCACCUGUACAGAGAGCCAUGAAAAAGGUCGCGGACACAAUCAAGGCACUAGGUCACGAGGUCAUUGAAUGGAACCCGCCGAGUCACUCGGCUGGUAACGAUUCAUUUUUCAAAAUUUGCUUUGCUGACAGUGGCAACGCUCACCACUCAGCAAUUGCGAUGUCUGGAGAGCCUUCAAUUGAACCUAUCUUCGGGUCAGAGCCGUUUCCAGAUGUCAACGCCCUCCAAAUCAUCGAAGCAAAUAUUGCAGUCAAAAAUUAUCGGAAGAAAUAUCUUGACUACUGGAACAGCACCUCGGAGCUUACCGGAACAGGGAGGCCAGUAGACGCAUUUAUCAUGCCACUUGCACCGUUUCCACCUCCAAAGGUGGGGCAAGCGCGAUAUGUCGGCUACACAACCAUUAUCAAUGCCCUGGACUAUACUUCAUGUGCUAUCCCGGUGACAGAAGUUAAAAAAGAUAUUGAUCAAUACCCGGUGGAAUAUUCCAGUCUAAAUGAGGUUGACCAAGCUAUUCAUGAUAAUUAUAAUCCCGAACUAUCACACGGUGCACCCGUAGCUGUGCAAAUCGUUGGUGGGAGAUUGCAGGAAGAGACGGUUCUCGCAUUGGCAACAGGAAUAGUCAACGGCUCAAGAGAUGAGACUAGCAUUUUGUUGUAGUCGCAGGAUAACGCUAGAAAGCUAUUAUUGGAAUACAUGAAUUACAAGCCAUGUUACAUAUCGCUGUUUAAAGGAAUACAGCAUGGACGCAAUCUCUAUACACAGCGUAGGAUGGGGACUCAUGUAUUAUAGCAUUUGUUCUCUAUCUGAAGAGUUUUGAUAGAAUGUAAUAAUGACUUAUCUCUUCUUUGUUUGCUACCUCCACUGCCCCUGAUAGCUACAAGUACGUUGCCUCUUCUUAGCCUGGGCAUAAUCGGAGCAAGAAAGGCAUAGUGAACAGUAGCAAAGAACUAUAAAGAGGGAAAAACAAGGAUAGGUAAUGGAAAGGGAUGUCAGUGAGGAGAAGAAA